CCCGCGCCUGACCCAGACUUGGGGGUCUCUGUGUGUUUUUUCUCUCCCCCCUCACUCUCUUUUUUUUCUAUUAUUUUGGCAGACUUUUUGGAAUGUCUGGGAGCUAAGGGCUUUGCUUCAUGGAGCAGGAUCCUGAAGCAAGAAAAAGAGAAAGUUAUAGACUAAACCACAGAAAUGUAAACACGUCUGCAGCUAAAAUAACUCCGCUCUCAUUGAAAACACUCCUCCUUCACAAUCAGACUUCUGUGUGCGACGGUCAAUAAAACGGCAUGUUAAUAGCGGCCAAUUAAUAGAUUGUGUUGCCAGGGCCUUAAAGGUUGAGAGGGGGUUUUAAUUAUUAUUUUUCAAAUUAAAGGGGUGCUUAUAUUCCCUCCUUUCCCUUGGGGUGGGCGGGUGGGGGGAACUUAGCUUUCCUUCUGGCUGUUUGCUGGCAGUCUUGGCUGUGAAAGUUGGGAGAGGGAGGGACAUGAGCAGCUCUCCCUGGGUCCGCCAGGCAGCCUGUGCCGGAGGACGCGCUGGGAUGGGGUCCGGGCCAUGCGUGCAGGGAGGACGGUCGCUCGGUCGCGAUGGUCCCUGAGGGACAGGCGUGAAGGAGGAGCGGCAGGCACGCAGGCUGUCCCAAGAUCUUUGAAGACCCAGGGAAAGCCGUGUCGACCAAAAGCAAGACAAAUGCCUCAGAGAGAAAGAAGAUGGUGGAACCCAGGGCAAUUGGAGCUGUCUCCGGGGCUGCGCGGACGGUGAAGGAGCGGGCCUCCUGAGGGACAUGGUUCAGGCUGUCCCGGACCCAGCAGCUCACAUCCAGGAAGCGCUGUCGGUGGUGAGCGAGGACCAGUCGCUGUUCGAGUGCGCCUACGGGACGCCACACCUGGCCAAGGCGGACAUGACCGCCUCCUCCUCCGGCGACUAUGGGCAGACCUCCAAGAUGAGCCCGCGCGUGCCCCAGCAGGACUGGCUGUCGCAACCCCCGGCCCGGGUCACCAUCAAGAUGGAAUGCAACCCGAACCAGGUGAACGGCUCCAGAAACUCGCCCGAGGAGUGCAGUGUGGCGAAAGGCGGGAAGAUGGUGGGCAGCCCGGAGGUGGGCAUGAGCUACGGCAGCUACCUGGAGGAGAAGCACCUGCCGCCCCCCAACAUGACCACGAGCGAGCGCAGGGUCAUCGUCCCCGCAGACCCCACGCUGUGGAGCACGGACCACGUGCGGCAGUGGCUGGAGUGGGCCGUGAAGGAGUACGGCCUUCCUGAUGUCGACGUCCUGCUGUUCCAGAACAUCGACGGCAAGGAGCUGUGCAAGAUGACCAAGGACGACUUCCAGAGGCUCACGCCCAGCUACAACGCCGACAUCCUUCUCUCCCACCUCCACUACCUCAGAGAGACUCCUCUUCCGCAUUUGACUUCAGAUGAUGUUGAUAAAGCCUUACAAAACUCUCCGCGGUUAAUGCAUGCUAGAAACACAGGGGGUGCAGCUUUUAUUUUCCCCAAUACUUCCGUAUACCCCGACGCUACGCAAAGAAUUACAACUAGGCCAGAUUUACCUUAUGAACCACCCAGGAGAUCAGCCUGGACCGGUCACGGCCACCCCGCCCCCCAGUCGAAAGCUGCUCAGCCGUCUCCUUCCGCGGUGCCCAAGUCCGAAGACCAGCGGCCUCAGCUAGAUCCUUAUCAGAUCCUUGGGCCGACGAGUAGCCGCCUUGCAAACCCAGGGAGCGGGCAGAUCCAGCUCUGGCAGUUCCUCCUGGAGCUCCUCUCCGACAGCUCCAACUCCAACUGCAUCACCUGGGAGGGCACCAACGGGGAGUUCAAGAUGACGGACCCGGACGAGGUGGCCCGGCGCUGGGGCGAGCGCAAGAGCAAGCCCAACAUGAACUACGACAAGCUCAGCCGCGCCCUGCGCUACUACUACGACAAGAACAUCAUGACCAAGGUGCACGGCAAGCGCUACGCCUACAAGUUCGACUUCCACGGCAUCGCCCAGGCCCUGCAGCCCCACCCGCCCGAGGCCUCGCUCUACAAGUACCCCUCGGACCUGCCGUACAUGGGCUCCUACCACGCCCACCCGCAGAAGAUGAACUUUGUGGCGCCCCACCCCCCGGCCCUCCCCGUGACCUCCUCCAGUUUCUUCGCCGCCCCGAACCCGUACUGGAACUCCCCCACCGGGGGCAUCUACCCCAACACGAGGCUGCCGGCCGGCCACAUGCCGUCUCACCUGGGCACGUACUACUAGAGACCCCAGCGCGAGAGAGGCCUUUCCCAGGAGCACACGGGCGCCGGGACAGACAUUGCCACACACUCUAUUGGAGACCAGGAAUCAAAACAAAGACAAAAACCAAAAAAAAGUGCCUCAAGAGGAAGGAGAAAGCUGGGUGGGGGAUGGGGAAGGAAGCCAGGGACCAGAUCCAAAGACUCUUAGCGGGAGGGAACGACCAAAGAAUUACCCCAGAAACCAAGCGGAUGCGAACCCCGGGGACGUCCCCACGGACCCGGAAUCCGCGGGCCAACCUUGUAGCAGACAUUGUAGGUAGAAGCAUGAGGUCACAGGACACGGCGCCGAAGAAAAAAGCGGUCCGAAGACGCGUGUGCCCUUCGGAGUCCAGGAUCCCGCUCGUGCACACCGGGAUCGAACCAAAGCAACCCAGAAAGCACAGUCUUUUCUAAAUACAGAAAACUACCUGUAUGUGAAAACAGAAACAUAUCAAACAUGACACAGAACCAGCA